CACGUAGACCGCCUUGUAGAAGGGUUUCAGCUGCGAGUCUUUCCUAGCGGUCCCGAGAGUGCAUACCAGCACGUUCGCAAAUUCUAUGGUUUGAGAGCUCUGGCGGAUGCGGUUCGUCCGAAGAGGCGAAGGGUAGUGGUGAAGACCGGAGUCGGCCGAGGUGGAAGCUCGUCCGUGGCGGUCGGAGAUAUUGGCGUCUCUGUUGCUCAACCGCCGCCGGUGCAGCCUAUGGCGGCUCCAGCUGAUGUGUCCGGGAGGAGAGGCUCCAAGAGGGUGGCUGAGAAGACCGCUCUCGGUCAAGCUAGCCAAAGAGCGAAGGCAAGUUCUCCGCCUCGGAAGGCGGCUGGUCGGGGAAAGGGCGUGAAGCGCGGGGAGGAACAGAGUUCUAUAGAGGUGUCGACUCAGGCGGCCACGGAUGGGGAGGCGGCUGAGUUUGCUUUGCACACUAUUAGUGAUCAUCUCGUUAUGCCUUCCGAGUACACCCCUUCAGCUUUGGACAGUCACAGGAGACUUGCAGAGACC